GGAACAGGGAAGGGGUCGUGACCUCAGCCCGUAAUCUGAAACGCUCUGCUCUUUCAUCACAGUCAUUUUCAAAGGCUAUAGAGACGAUUAGCCACUUUCUCAUGAGUGCUUCCCUUUUUAAUAAUGCAACUAAAUCUUGUUAAUCUGUCACUGGAACCGUAAAAAAAAAAAAGUAAAAAAAAAGCAUAUUUAAAAGCCCAUGUAAUUUUAUCUAGAGCCUUUUGAAAGCAGUCGGGGUGCGGCGCAGAGGCUUUCCAGAAUAUGAUCCCUGCUUAGAUACCCUGAUCACACCCACUUAUUCUUUUAAUCACUUUAUGCUGGACGGAAAGUGGUGUGCGCUGUGAGGGAAUCGGUGAAGGCGCGGGUGACAGAGCGACGCGAGGCACGAGAGGAGGAGAGGCAAUGGCGUUAAGAAGAAAGGGAAGACUGGUAACACACCUGCCCUUCUUGCUUACCUACUUGCUUCUGAGUACAGCUUGGAGCUUAUAUCACGUGACAUGGACAUAAACCACCUGUGCCAGCGUGCAGGACAGCUGAGGCAACAUUGGCCCUGGGAAACUCGGGAACUUGAAGAAGUGGUGGCGGCGUCAGAAGCACCUUGAUUGGAGAGGAGCCGAUCACAGACAUAGAAGCAGACGGGGGAAGCGGCGCGGCAGGAAAGGAGGCGGGAAUGGAAGCAACGGAGGAUGUACUGAGGGCGGAGGAAGGCGUGGUGGUGGCUGAGAACGGCACUUCCGAAGCGGUGGUACUGGACUGCCCUCAUGACUUGGAUGGAAAUGACGCCGCUGGUCUGACCAUCAAAUGGUACUACCACCAGCCCCGCGCGACUCUCGUGUACCAGUGGAUCCUGAACCGCGAACCCGAGGCCAUAUCGAAGCUGAGGGGCCGCGUGGACCUGUCAUACGAGGCCUCCCAAGAUGCCUUCCACCGCUACAGUGCCAUCCGCAUCCUGCACCCCACCACAGACAUCGCGGGCCAUUACGAGUGUCGCGUCUCCUCAUACACCAUGGAGAGCACGUUCCCUCGAGACCUCGUCGUGUUUAGAAAGCCGAGCACUCUAGACGUGCAGGCCGAAGCGAAUGGGGAGGACCAGGUAAAUGUGACGUGUCAAGUGGAGGAGGUGUUCCCGCAACCUGUCCUCCACCUGUACAAGAAGUCCCCCUCCAAAGACAGUGAGAUGCUGAAGGGAGUCACCCGGGUCACAUCCUUCAUGGGCAAGACCUUACAACAUGCAGGUGGAAAAGGUGGUGGAUGAGGUGACUUUGAAUGGCCCCACUGAGUUUGAGUGUGUCAUGGGCAUCCCCAAGACGAAGGUGAAGAGGAGCACAUACACCAAAUACCAGCCCCGAGUAUCCAUCACAACUGGAGCAGUGACUACAGGCAGCAACACACAACGGGCCUCAGCGGUGCUCCUGCUUGUCCUCUCUUUCCUCGUUUGUCUGCUGUAUGGUUGAGGGCUUCCCUUCACUGCAAGUCCAACAAGGGAGUGGAGAGUGAGCUGCUGUAAAAACCUCAAGAUGAUUAUUACAUCAAGUCUUCCCCAAGCAUACUUUUAUACAUACUUUAUCAUAUUCUAUACACUUCUGUUUGUCACAACUUAGCCAUAAUCCCCAUCCUACACAGAAUGCAAGCUGAUAAUUUCCGUGAGUUUGGUGUGUAUUCAGAAACACUUUGCUCUCUCAUCACGAGUGUUUUCAACAACUGUGGUCAAGUGAUGUGGGUUUUUAAGGGUGUUUUCAUGGUUUUAGUGGCAGAUUAAUAACAUAAUUUCUACACUACUAGCAAGAAAAACAUGCUUGAGAACCUGACCAAUCAUCUCUGAGACCUUGAGAACAGUCAUGGUGAGAGGGCAAGCAUUUCUUAAUAUGCACCUUUAUUACAAUGUACACAAGGAUCAACAUGUGCAGUGAUAAGGACAUUCAGCUCAGAGUGUUGUGUGAAAUUAAGUCCCCACCACAUCAUUAAGUGAGUGUGGCAGAAUGUUGGCUAUGACUUACUGAGGGAGGGUAAGUCUCCCUCAGAUGGCCAUGUGGCAGGACACCAUCAGUAGUAUAAUUAUAUACUUGUAUAUUAUUCAUGGAUUUAAUUUCUACAUAUUUUUGCAUCCCUGCUAUUGUGAUUUGUAUAACACUGUACAUGAUUCCCAGCAGUGCAUGUCUUUACUGGAGCAUGGCGCCUUAUGUGUCUUUGUAUCAUCUAGUCAAAUGGUUCUCUCUUCGUGCCAUUCAUUUUAUAACUGCCAAAUAGUGAGUCCCUCUAAUCAGCAGCCAGAUGCAAUAUAUCCCUCAGAGGGUGGUUGUGAUACCAUUCUACAGGGCAGUAGGCAACUGUCUCAGAAAAGGACAGUUUUGUAAUAUAAUAGAAGAAUUGUGAUCACAGCAAGGCAGGGAACAAGGAUUUAUGGUGUGGUUAUAUUACCAGCCAGCAAUGCUCCUUGUACCUUGACCUCAAGUUGCUCCUCCUCCGACUCCUUAUCCCCACUUAUUGCUUGCCCCACAGUGAGAGGUGUGGUGGUAACUUUUCAUGAAUGUUGUCAACUGACCAUUGCAGUGUGGUGGAAUGUACUUAAAAUCUACAACUUUCUUUGACAUGACAUUCCCCAGGAAUGUAAAUAUUAUGAGGGAAAUCUUGCAAUAAUGAUGGUGGAAGGGUAAGGGUGAGGAUGUGAGCAGACCUGAGUCUCUCCCAGCAACCCCAACAAUGUAUCACAGAACCCUGAGAUGUCUUUGCCUUAAGCUGGUGUCAUUCCUCUGAUACGUAGUGAAAUGGUGCACAAGUAUUUUUACCAUAUCUUAGGGUCAUUCCUUUCAUACAAAUUGGUGCAAGAGUAAUAUAAGAGUAAAAAUUGUAGCUUAGAUAUCUCGUCUUCCAACCUCUAUGCUAGUAAAUUUGUGAUAAAUUUCUACUAAUAUCAUAUAAAUACAAAACUUUACUUACUGUAUAGGCAUAACUUCAAUAUGGUGCAUUAUAACAAAUGAUGACUAAAUGUAUAGCAGCUUAUAAUUACAUACAUGAGUAGAAUGGAUACUGGCAAAACAUGUUAGUUUACAGUGUUAUCACCUGACCAGUCACUCCAUCUAUGCCACUCAACAUGCAAAUGAAUGGCAAACAUGAUCAGCAUAGCUUUAAUUAAUAAUAAAGUGUUAUUUUGUUUUC